AUGGGAGGCAAUAAACAAGUGAUAAGAUCGUUGGCUCGGAGUGUUGGGAAAGUCUCAACUUUCUUUGAUGAGCAUUCUGUAUGGAAGUGUUUUAUUUCAAAUGCUUAUAGAUAUGAAAAUGAAAAAUGUGAUAUAUAUAAUAACUUUUUAAAAGAGUUUAUAAAUAUGAAUGCUCAUUUUUGCCCUAUAAAAUCGAAGAAAAAAAAUUUAAGGAAUGAACUUAUAAAAUAUAUGAGAAAAAACUUAAAGAAUGAUGAGGAUUUUUAUAAUAUUGGAUUUACUGCUAUGAGACAUUUAGGUAGAAUUAAAAAUUCAAUAUUACAAUCGAACUAUCAAACUAAAAAUUGUAUAAACAAAAUUGACAUAAAUACAACAAAAAAAAGUAGUAACGCUGAGGAAUUAGAUGAAAACAAUAAUGUACGUUAUAAAUUUUAUUCUGAUUCAAAAUUUGAAAAUAAUUAUAAUGAAAAUAUUAAUUCUUUAAUGAAUAAAAAAAAAAUAUGGAGUUGUGAAGAAGAGAAAAAUAUGUUUAAAAAUAAUAUACAUAUCAUAGACAUUAAAAAGUUAAAUGAAAAUGGUAUUGAAAAUUAUAAUAAUAAUAAUAUCAAAAUUUAUGGAAAAAAAAAAAAAAAAAAAAAACAUAUAAAAAAUGAUGAUAUAUUUUUAAGAAAAAGUAAGAGGCUCACUCAGGUUUUAAAAAAUAGUCUAAACAAAACAAGCACAGUCACAAAUCCCGAUGGGGAAGUCGAGAAAAAUUCUCAGCCUGAUGAAAAUCUAGACAAUGAACAAUCUCAAGUAAAAAUGGAUGAACAACCAGAAAGCAUGUCAGAUUCACCUAUCCUUAAAAGUGAUAAUGGACAACAUGAAAUAAAAAAAGGAACUAUCCUUAUAUCUCAUCCAUUAACUUCAAACACAUUAUGGAAUAAAUCAGUGAUUAUAAUUACACAUAAAGAUAAAAAUAAUAUUGUAUAUGGGUUGAUACUAAAUAAACAUCCUUUAUAUAAUAAUUACAUGUGUUUGUCUAAAGAAAAGGAAGUUAAAAAAAUAUUAAAUAAUUUAUAUUCAAAAAAAAAAAAAAAAAAAAAUGAAUUACAUUUACAAGAUGAUCAAAAGGGCAUCUCUACUUCUGAUAACAAAAUUUCAGAAAACACUCAAGAGAAUGUACAAUCAUCACUCGAUGAAGUAGUGAAUACUAACAAAGUAGAAACAAAUGAAAUGAAUAAUGAUGUUUCAAAACAAGAUGAGAAUACUACUCUUGUCGACAAACCAGAUCAUAGCGAGCGUAAUGAAUUAGUUUCUACAAGUAAAACUUCAAAUAAUGAAAUUGUUUCAAAUUUUAAUGAAAAUAAAGAAAAUUCAAAUAAUGGAAAAUAUGAUGAUUUUCCAACAUUAAAAGAUUUACAAGAAAUGUUUUUACGAAUACAAUUUAGAAGUACUUCAAAACAAUUUUUAAAUAAAAAAAAUAUAAAAAAUAAUAAUUUUUUUACUAUGAUGGAUGAACAUUUAUUAGAUAUAAUUACUCAUUAUAUUAUUAAACUAAAUAAAGUUCCAUUAUAUUUACGAUUUUUACCUUCCUAUAAUAUUGGAUCUAUGACUGAUAUAAAAUGUGAAAUAAAAAAACUGGAAUUUUUAAAUGAAUUUUAUAAAAUAUAUUUUGAAAAAUAUAAUAAAUGGAAAGUUGUUAUUAUAAAUAAUCGUAUCCAUAUUUUUGAUAAAGAAAAAAAAAACAAAAAUAAAUUUAAAAAUACUCAAAAUAAAUUAAGCUUAAGAAGUUCUAGCAGUAUAAGGGAAAAAGCUAUUGAAGAAACUGACGAUACCAAAUUAACGGAAGAAGAAAAAGAACAAAUCCAUAAAAAAAUUCUCAGAUUCAAAGAAACAAAUGAACUAAUUAAUGAUGAUGAUCAAUUAGAGGAAGACAAAUUAUAUGAUGCUGAAAAAAAAAAUAAAAAACAACUUUUGAGGACCCGCGCAAAACAACAAAUGUGCGACGAAGAAGAAGAAGAGGAAGAAGAUGAAAAGGAAGAUGAGGAAGACGAUGAAGAAGAUGAUGAAGAAGAAGAAGAAGAUGACGAUGAAGAUGAUGAUGAAGAGGAGGAGGAGGAAUUACCGACUGAGCAAAAUUAUUAUGAUAAUGAUUCUACAAUUGAUAUAGAUAAACAAACUUUUGAAAAAUUAAAAAAUGAAAUGAACACGAAAAGAAAAGAAAAAAAUAAAGUAUCAUCAUCUAUAGAAAGAAUAAAAUCAAAAUCUGUUAGUAAAAAUUAUUAUGCAGGAAAUCCUGUAAAUUUAUUUUGGUUAGGGGGGCCAUUACCUGGACUAACCAUUUUACACAACAUAAAAAAGUUUUCAAAAAAUAUCAUAGUAAAUGAUGUAUUAUAUGAAGGCUAUAAUGAUAAUGUAAACUUUUCAUCCUUACAUGGUCAUAAUAUAUUAGGUAAAACAGAUUAUGAACUAAGUUCUGAUAAAAUUCAAACUGACUCAAAUGACACCAAAUUAAAUGAACAAUUUAAAACAGAUAAUGAAGAAAAUGUAAAUACAGAUUGUGGUACAAAUAAAAAAUUAAUAAAAAGAUUUAUAGGAAAAGCAACAUGGGAUUUAAAUCAAUUAAUAGAAGAAUUAAAUAAUGAUUAUUGGAUACCUAUAAAUUGUGAUAAUAAAGAAUUAUUAUCUAAAAUUAUUUUUAAUACAACUAGCGAAGGAACUAAUAAUAAUGAACAUGAACAAAUGGUUAGCUCAGAUAUGUUUAAUACAUAUCAAGGAGAAAAUUUAUGGGAAAAAAUAUUAUCAUCUUUAAAUAGUGAUUAUGAAAAUAUCUCUAAAAUUCCACAAUAUGUUAUAGAUAACGUUUUGAAAGAUUUCAACCAUGCUGAAAAUGAAUAG